UCGCGAGAGUUGCAUCAGCGACAACUUCUCGCGAUGUUUGGCGGGGCCAAGGGUGGCCAUUUUGAAGCCCACCCCGCGGCUGGUUGCCCUGGCUGCGUCUCCCACCACCCUGCGGCCGGGGCCAAGGCUGGCUCCGCCGGUGUCUGGCCUGGGGGCGGCCGGACCGACGCGAUGUGGCGGCUCCGCUGCAAGGCCAAGGACGGCACCCAUGUCUUGCAGGGGCUGUCCAGCCGGACCCGGCUGCGGGAACUGCAGGGCCAGAUCGCCGACAUCACCGGCAUCUCCCCCGGCGGUCAGCGCAUCCUCGUCGGAUACCCGCCCGAGUGCCUGGACCUCCGCGACGGGGACACGGCCCUGGGGGACCUGCCCAUCCAGUCCGGCGACAUGCUGAUCGUUGAAGAAGACCACACCAGACCCAAAACUUCACCUGCAUUAUCAAAAUAUGGUGCUCCAAGUUACGUCAGGGAAACUUUGCCUGUGCUUAGUAGAACCACAGUCCCAGCAGACAACUCUUGCCUCUUUACCAGUGUGUAUUAUGUCGUUGAAGGAGGAGUCUUGAAUCCAGCGUGUGCCCCUGAGAUGAGACGCCUUAUAGCACAAAUUGUAGCAAGUGAUCCAGACUUCUAUAGUGAGGCAAUACUGGGAAAAACCAAUCAAGACUACUGUGACUGGAUCAGAAGGGAUGAUACUUGGGGAGGAGCAAUUGAGAUAUCAAUUUUGUCCAAGUUUUAUCAAUGUGAAAUAUGCGUAGUAGAUACACAGACAGUAAGAAUUGAUCGGUUUGGGGAAGAUGCAGGAUAUACCAAAAGGGUUUUGCUAAUCUAUGAUGGCAUCCACUAUGACCCGCUUCAGCGUAUCUUCCCUGAUCCAGAUACACCUCCUCUGACCAUUUUCUCCUCUAAUGAUGAUAUCGUUCUUGUACAAGCACUGGAAUUAGCAGAUGAAGCUAGAAGAAAAAGACAAUUUACUGAUGUAAACCGCUUCACCCUGAGAUGUAUGGUGUGUGGGAAGGGAUUAACUGGCCAAGCAGAAGCAAGGGACCAUGCCAAGGAGACCGGCCACACCAACUUUGGAGAAGUAUGAUCUAUGCAUGAUGAGGGCUGAAGCCUACUACCUCACAGAUCCAGAAGGCUCUGGGUUUUCCAAUAAGCUAUUCAUAAUCCUAAAGAACAAAAGGACACAAUGCUUGAACCAUCCUUUUCACUAAGACCAGUAAGACACUGAAAUUCCUUGUUAAGAUUAAAAUUCGUGUGCAAGUUUACAGA